AGAGAGAGACAAACGUUUAAAGUUGUCUCCUUUACAUAUUUUUGGUAUGAAUCAGCAGAAAAUAAAAAACCAGAGAACGUAAAAGUAGCCAUGGAAAUCGCUUCUUGUUCGAUUCUUAACAAUCUUCAACUUUCUUGUACAAAGACUUCUCUUUUCACUCGCUAUUCGAGCGAGCAAUCGUCACACGACACUGGAAGACGCAAUUUUCUGCCUUUUUCAAAUUUCCUUGGAAAAUCCCAGAUUCUUGGAAAAUGCUUGCGAUUGCAGAGAUUCUCUUCGAUUUGCUUAUCAGCGAGCAGAGAAGACGUAAACCCAUCCGAAGAACUCGCUGUGAUACUUGAAGUUGAUGGGGUUAUGAUUGAUACAUGGUCAAGUAAUCGCCAAGCGUUCAAUGUAGCUUUUCAAAAGCUUGGACUUGAUUGUGCAAAUUGGCCUGAACCAGUUUAUUCAGACCUGUUAAGAAAGGGUGCUGCCGAUGAAGAGAAAAUGUUGCUUUUGUAUUUCAACCAGAUUGGUUGGCCAUCGUCCUUGCCAACCAGUGAGAAAGCAAGUUUUGUAAAAAGUGUAUUGCGAGAAAAGCUUGUUUGUUGUCAGAAAAAUGCAAUGGAUGAGUUUCUGAGGUCGAAAAGCUUACCUCUGAGAUCUGGAGUGCAAGAGUUUAUCGAUAAUGCAUACACAGAGAGAGUACCUGUUGCUAUCGUAACAGCCUACUGCAAGAGUGGAGACAAAGUAGCCCUAUCCAUUGUCGAGAUGCUUGGCCAAGAAAGACUUCCAAAUGUGAAGGUUAUCGGAGAAAAUGAGGUAGAACAGAGUAUGUAUGGACAACUUGUUCUUGGCAAAGGAGUUUCUAAAAGUCUAGAGGAGCAACUAGUGAAGGAAGUCAAAAAAGCCGCAUCCGCCGAGAAACAGAGGAUAGCAGAAGAAGUUGCAUCAAUGCUAAAGCUAAGUGUUGACAUUGACACAACCUCAUCUGAGAGAUUGGAAAAGAUUGUUGUUGCAUUGCGUGCUGCUGCGGAACACAUAGGAUUACCUGUAAAAAACUGUGUACUUGUUGCUGGUAGUCAACCUGGAGUUUCUGCUGCAAAGAUGAUAGGCAUGCCGUGUGUAGUCAUGCGAAGCAGUUUAACUGCAAGAGGUGAGUUCCCAUCGGCGAAAGGUGUAAUGGAUGGGUUUGGAGGUGCAGACCUGACAAUCCCAAAACUUAGGCACAAGAUCAAGUCUUGAAGAAACAAAUCAAGAAAGUUGUCUAAAAAUCAGAAUCUGGAAAUACUGUCGAGUUAUUUGCUCACUUCUCGAAGUUUUUGUGAAUUUUCCAACUUGAUAUAUGUAACUAUAGCUACAUGUUGUACAACUUGACUCUUUGGAAUGAACUGGUGUGGUUAGU